GCAGGAUGGUGCCGCUGGCUGCGGGGAUUAUUCUGCUGGUGUUCACGCACUGGGUGACCGCCAAGGACACCACCAGCCCACAUGUCAAUUUCACUAAAGUCAUCCCAGCUGAAUGUUCCACAUGUUUGCCAGUGUUCCACUACACUCAAGAUGAUCCAUGUUGGACUCAAGUGGUUUGCGGCGUUUCCUGGCAUCUUGCAUACAAGCUGGUGUUCUUCGUUCCGCUCAUCGCAGUGUUCAUCUCUAACCUUUUGCUUUACGUGUUCAUAACCCGAGCCUUCAAGCAAGUGUCCAUGAGGAGAGGUUUGUACACCUUCCAUCAGCGUCAGGAGGAGUCGACUGUGAGAAGGAAAGCAAUACUGUACCAGUGUGCCUUCCUGUGUUGCUGGCUACCCACCCUCAUCUUAGGGUGA